AUGGAUGCUGUCUGGCCUCGAUUACAUCAAGUGUUUCUGCAGAAGAGACGUAAUUUAAUUAAACAGGUUCAGAAGCAACCAUCAACACCAUCACCUUUACGACGACAAUUAAUUCGUUCUCGAUUCAAACGUUCAGGACUAAAUAUUGAAUCUUUAUAUGCUAUGACAAAAGAAGAAUCACCACAACAACAACAGGUUUUCUUAACCAGUACAGAUGGAUCAAAUUCAAUUGAUCGACAGUCAUUACCAGAGGACGAAGAACAGUGA